AUGGAAGAGGGCUCAAGUUCUCCUGUCUCCCCUGUGGAUAGCCUACUGACCAGUGAGGAUGAAUUGGACAGACAACAGAAACGAUUUGGAAGGAAGAGGAGACACAGUAAAAAGUCGAGCGAGGACAGCAGUCCCGGUAACGUGAAACGGGGCAAAAAACCGAGUCCGAGCAGCAGCACUCAGUCCUACGAGGAGUUGCAGAACCAGCGGUGCCUGGCCAACGUCAGGGAGAGGCAAAGGACACAGUCGCUCAACGAAGCCUUCUCGUCUUUACGCAAAAUUAUCCCCACGCUACCCUCGGAUAAACUGAGCAAGAUCCAGACACUAAAACUUGCCUCCAGAUACAUAGACUUCCUCUAUCAGGUGCUGCAAAGCGACGAGAUGGACAAUAAGAUGUCGAGCUGCAGCUAUGUUGCGCACGAGAGACUCAGUUACGCUUUCUCCGUGUGGCGGAUGGAGGGCGCGUGGUCAAUGUCUGCAUCUCAUUAG